UGCGCUCGGGCUCCCCGGCCCGGGCUCCGCCCCCGCCGCUCGGUUCGGCCGGGGCGCCGAGGACCCGGGACACCGACGACUCCUCGGACGGCGGCGAGUCGGAGGUGGGUCCGGGGUGUCCGACCCCCACCGCGGAGGCAGUGGAGGAGGAAAUGGCAGGCCCUAACCACCUCUGCAUUCGUCGUUGGACUACCAAGCAUGUAGCUGUGUGGCUGAAGGAUGAAGGCUUUUUUGAAUAUGUGGACAUUCUUUGCAACAAGCACAGACUUGAUGGAAUCACAUUGCUCACAUUGACUGAAUAUGAUCUCCGUUCUCCUCCUCUGGAAAUCAAAGUCCUAGGGGACAUUAAAAGGUUAAUGCUUUCAGUCCGCAAAUUACAGAAAAUACAUAUUGAUGUUUUAGAAGAGAUGGGCUACAGCAGUGACAGCCCUAUGGGCUCCAUGACGCCACUGUUCAGUGCUGUUCAGAGCGCGGAUUGGCUGUGUAACGGCGAGCCUGCCCAUGACUGUGAUGGACCCGUCACUGACUUGAAUUCUGAUCAGUACCAGUACAUGAAUGGCAAAAACAAACAUUCUGUUCGAAGAUUGGACCCAGAGUACUGGAAGACCAUACUCAGUUGUAUAUAUGUUUUUAUAGUAUUUGGCUUUACAUCUUUCAUUAUGGUGAUAGUCCAUGAGCGAGUCCCUGACAUGCAGACCUACCCUCCACUCCCAGACAUAUUCUUAGACAGCGUUCCUAGAAUCCCAUGGGCCUUUUCCAUGACUGAAGUCUGUGGCAUGGUCCUGUGCUACAUCUGGAGCCUGGUUCUUCUUCUGCACAAGCACAGGUCGAUCCUUCUGCGAAGGCUCUGUAGUCUGAUGGGCACUGUCUUCUUGCUUCGCUGCUUUACCAUGUUUGUGACCUCCCUCUCCGUGCCAGGACAGCACCUGCAGUGCACGGGAAAGGUGUACGGCAGUGUGUGGGAAAAACUUCGCCGGGCCUUUGCCAUUUGGAGUGGCUUUGGUAUGACCCUGACUGGAGUCCACACUUGCGGAGAUUACAUGUUCAGUGGCCACACAGUUGUUCUAACUAUGCUGAAUUUCUUUGUCACUGAAUAUACACCAAGAAGUUGGAAUUUCUUGCAUACUUUAUCCUGGGUUCUCAACCUCUUUGGGAUCUUCUUCAUCUUGGCUGCCCAUGAACACUAUUCUAUUGAUGUGUUUAUUGCCUUUUAUAUCACAACAAGACUCUUUUUAUACUACCACACACUGGCCAAUACAAGAGCUUAUCAGCAGAGUAGGAGAGCAAGAAUUUGGUUUCCCAUGUUUUCAUUUUUUGAAUGCAAUGUAAAUGGCACAGUACCUAAUGAAUAUUGUUGGCCGUUUUCAAAACCAGCAAUAAUGAAAAGACUAAUUGGAUGAAGACUAUAUCUCUGUAAUGAGUUUGCGAUUAAUUAUACAGUAGUUAUGAAUGAAGUGAGUAACUUUGCUUUCUCUCCCAGGUUGUUCCUGGCUGGGUUGCAUUUUGGCUUUUAUGUUGACAGAUUUCCCAAUUCUGAGUAAGGCUGUGAUUAUAAAAUGUGAGAAAGAACAAUCAAGAGUCCUCCUAGCUGCAUGAGCAGAAAGCUCAGAGGUUUUCUGCCCCUUUGCCUUAAGAAGACACGGUUGGUUGAUGCCAGGCUGCUGUUCCUAGCUGUUGAGUAUUUGCUUAGUGAUCUUAAGCAAAUCUCUUAAGCUGGUUGAAGGAUUUUUAUUGAUAUUCGGUAGGACUCUAGUCAAGAAAUGUUGUUGGAAGCCCUACCAAGUGAACAGUACUUGUUCUUUGAACUAAUUUCUAUGUCUGUCUGGAAAGUGAUUUUUUUUUUUUCCUUCUGAACCAUUUUCAAGAAAAGUGUAUUGAGCACACCAGCAUGCCUGGAAAAAGAAGAGAACGCAAGGAGCCAUAGAUGAAGGGUAUUGAUGGUCACUGGCCUUCUCGCUAAUGCAGACAUAGGGCAAGCAUUUGUCACCGAAGAUGCAACAAGAUGCAGUUUCUGUUUUGUUCUGGAGAUUCGGCAUGAACAUCAGUCAGUGUACAUGCAGGAAAAACAACUGCAUUCAUAACAGUAAAUUUGUGUGAUUUUAGUGGUAUAGGUAUAUGGAAUAACUUUCUGCUAUAAUUGUUAGACAGAUGCCAGCCCAGUUUAAUGCUUUUUUAAAUGAUGUAAUUUAAUGAGCCACGUAAGUGUUAUACCAGAUGUUAAAGUUCUUGUGUCAGUAAGUAAGGAACUUCAUACGCAUGCAAAGAUUUUUUUUCUUCUGAAAAGAAAUUUAUAACAGGUUGUAAACACAGUGUUAAGGCUUUUUUUUUUUUUCAAAGUCUGAUUCUCAGCCAUUAAAAGUAAAUAGUCUGAGACAUACUUGGAUGCAAAAAGGCUUUGUUACUUUUUCUUUUUUGAAAUAAUUGUGUACAUACAUUCUUUCUGUAUAGUCUUAAUUUGGCAGUCAGGAAAUUUUUUAACUUAGCUGCUGUUUACAAUACUAGAAGCUUAGUACCUGAAGUGAUUUCAGUUCUCUGAUGAAGUUUGUCACUUUAUUUUUGAUGAUUUUACAUAAUAGCUUUGACAGCAUGGUUGUAGAAUUGGAACUGACCCUCAGUUGAUGAACUUAAGCAUAUGGAGUAUUAAUGGCACAGUUUUUACAUUCCAGUUUAGAACAGAGCGUCACAAAAGGCACUGACACCGAGGCCUGAAGUGAGGAGCUUGUUCCCUUCUUGUCUUGGAAAACGGUGUGUUUUGCACUUUGAGUCGUAGUCCCACCCUUGGCUCAGCCGCGGAGGAGCCUGGAUGACUUGUGUCAGAAAGGAGUGCUAGGCAGGCAAGCUUCAGCCAGUGCUGCAUGGCCCUACAUUGAGUCUGUUCUGAACAUUAUUUAUUUCUCAGUUGAGAAGUAAUACAAGGCAACUCAAGUGUUACUGUAUUUUUAAAUCUUUAUACUAAAGAAUCUUUCUUUAUUUGGUUUUUGAGGCAGGGGCUCACUCUAGCCCAGGCUGUCCUUGAUUGAAUUCAUAGUGAUCCUCCUAUCUCAGCCUCCUGAAUAUU